AUGGCGUCAUCGCGCCACGUGCUGCGUAACGCGCUAUGCGCGUUCCGCUCCUGCAUCCGCGAGUCGAGCACUCUCGUCACCCCGCGUUACAAGCACAUCCCUCAAGCCACCAGUAGUUUACCUACACCAAGCUUCUUCUUCCCUUUAGUAGAUCGAGCCGCGAUCUCGCCGCAGUUUCACCACCGAAGCCCCCUCUUCCUUCGUUAUAGUGCCCCGUGGCCUUCCCCGCACCCGCACGCGUUCUUCCCUCCCGCUUCAGUCACAUCUGCGCAAGCAUGUAACGCACUUCUAGACGCUAUAGUCACACCAGCACAGCAGCUGCAUUCGCCAGCCUGGUGGCGCGUGACGUGGCAUCCGCAGAGCACGCGUGAAGGGGUGGCUGCUGCGGCGCUGGAGGGCUGCUGCAGUGCCACGUCAGCAGCGUCUGCGUCGUUUCAUCAUGGCAUCUCCGUGUUCUCCCAAGAAACCAAACCAGCCGAACCAACCAGCGAGAACCAGCAGCAGGAGCAGCAGCACCAACCCCAGGCAGCCCAGCCCCGAACCUCCCACCAGCAUUCCCCGAACCAGCAGAGCCAGCAGGCUCGGCGGAGGUUCGGAGCGAGCGGACCAACAGGGAGGCAGGCAGAGGCAAAUAAGUCCCAACUGAUGUACUUAGUCGCUGCCGCGCUGGCCAUGCUGGGCGCUGCGUAUGCCUCCGUGCCCCUGUAUCGGCUCUUCUGCCAGGCCACUGGGUUUGGUGGGACCACCCAGAGAAAAGAGACGGUCGAGGAGAAGGUGGCACGGCAGAGUGCAGACAAGUCAGCAGCGGCUGCCAGGGAGCUGGUGAUUCAUUUCAAUGCUGACGUGGCAGAGGGGCUACCGUGGCGUUUCAUCCCCACGCAGAGAGAGGUUCGGGUGAGGCCUGGCCAGAGCACCCUUGCGUUUUACACCGCGCACAACAAGAGUGACAAGCCAAUCACGGGCGUCAGCACCUACAACGUCUCUCCCAUGAAGGCGGGCAUCUAUUUCAACAAGAUCCAGUGCUUUUGCUUUGAGGAGCAGAGGCUUCAACCCGGAGAGACCAUUGACAUGCCUGUGUUCUUUUACAUCGAUCCUGAGUUUGCCACGGACCCACAGAUGAAGAAUGUGAACCAUCUCACCCUCUCCUACACCUUCUUCCGAGUUGACUCGCCCUGA